UGCACUGACGUUUGGUUGACAGUCAACUGACGUUUGCAAAGGAAGGUUUCUCCAGCAGUGGUGCCCAAAGAGAAAAAAUCAAACACAAGGGAAGUAACAAACAAUCGCCGAGGAUGAAAAUCAUACCGAGCGGUUUUGUUGCGGCUUUGCUGUGCCUCGUAAGUGUUGCGGCCGCCGAUAACGGAGUGGAAGAGUUUGAAGAUGCCGCGCGGUAUGCAAUCGAGGGCAAGGUGUACCCGCCCGAACUGUACGGAGGAGAUUCGGAACUGGGCUGGCAGCUCGACACACAGAUCUCCAUCAACGGUGGCGAAUACAAGGGAUUUCUGCGGGAAGACGGUACCUUUCUGAUCAGUUCCGUGCCGUCCGGCAGCUAUGUGGUAGAGAUCGUCAAUCCGGACUAUUACUACGAACCGGUGCGCGUGGAAAUCAACCCCAAGGGGAAGUUCCGCGCUCGUAAGCUGAACUACGUUCAGCCGUCCCAAGUGCUGCAGUUGCCGUAUCCGCUGAAACUGAAGGCCCUCACCCGAUUCCGGUACUUCCAGCAGCGUGAACAGUGGAAAAUAACCGAUUUCCUCUUCAACCCGAUGGUGCUGAUGAUGAUAUUGCCGCUAGGCAUUAUGCUUAUUCUGCCCAAAAUCAUGAGCGAUCCGGAAACGAAGAAGGAGAUGGAAAAUUUGAACUUGUCCAAGAUGACGAACGAUUUGCCUGAAUUCAGCGAAAUGCUUACGUCCUAUUUCACCGGCGGUUCUGCUGCGGCUGCUGCUGCUGCAGCCAAGGCUAGUAAGGAGAAGGAUAAACCCAAACCAAAGCAAAGCAAAAAGAAGAACUAAUCUAUCGUUUAUAUUGUGUAUGAGGGCUAGGGAUUUCUCAUAAAAUAGGGUAAUUUUGGAACAAGAAAGCUAAGCCCCGUAAAACAAUAAAACCGACAUAAAUUGGGAAGUUACGUAUACCGUAUGGUCA